CGCAACUGCGAAGUGCAGAAGCAAACGAACGAAACGAACGAACGAACAUAAACAAAACCAGUUUGACAGACAUCGUGCUCGGCGAAUGUUGUGUCGCUCGUAACUACAUACCGCUAUUGAGAUUCAUAAUGUUUAUAAACAAAAUUGGAUCGUAAAUUUCACGUAUCAGCAAUUUUAAAGUCUAACUUUGCUAAAUACCUGUAAUCAUUACACAUAGUAUUAAUAAAUACGACAUUUUCUUGUGGAUUCGUACAUUUUAUUUAAGUGAGUAAUCUUGUAAGUUGUGGCGAGAACUGGGCAUCGUCGAUUCUUUUAGGACGGUGGAUAAAAAUGUGAAACUAAUGUGUAUUUGUUGUGAAUACUACGUGCUGAUGUGGUUGAAGGUAGAUAACUCAGAUUGAAUCAGGAACUGGCUGGAACCAUGAAGUGGCUAAUUUUGUUAUUGUUGGUGCCAUCGUGCCUGGCGCAUUUGAAUGUUUACCUCAGUGUUGCUGAAGUGAUGCGAUUGUUGGGUCUAACGGCGGAACUUUUUUACGUCCGAGACGGCCAGAUAAAUGUCUACGCUCUUAACUUCGUCGUCCCCGUACCGGCCACGAUCAACGAGCUGCACUUCACUUGGCAGAGCCUCACCAGGAAACCUUUACCUUACACUUUAAGCGCUGAAGUCAAAUCGAAUUCGGAGGCGAUGCACCCACCGACCUUUAACAUUUCGAACGAGGGCUACGUGCCGACUGAACCGCAGACGUGGCGAGUGGACUUGCCAUGUAUGCGGACGAUCGCCGCUGAAGUUGAUCUCACUAUAUCACUCAAUGUUUCGACCGGCUCGUCAUCUACGACUUUGCAUUUUCGACGCAAGAAGAUAUGUUUGAAAGAGGCCAUCCGACCUGCCGUUAGAGUAGACAGCGUGCCGCACGCGCCUACUUCAGCGGAUAUUUUCUACGCUGGAUCAGGAUGCGCUGGAGGCAUUAUACUAAUAGCUGCAGUCGCCGCGGCGGCUUGUAGAGCACGAGCCAGAAAACUGAGACGGGCUCGCAGCGAUGAACAGGACGCUCACGCGUUCUUACCAGACUCGUCGUGCAAGUCGGCCGCCAGCUAUACCAGCUACAGGAGACCCACCUCGCUUCCAGCCGUAGCCGCAGAAGAACGAGCCAGAGAUCUACAGCAGAGGAUAGCUGAGUUAACAAUUCAACGGUGUCGAGUGAGGUUGCGAUCCGUAGCGAUGGAGGGGACGUUCGGCCGAGUCUACCGCGGGACUUAUGCUGAUGAGGAAGCACGAGAGCAAGAAGUUCUCGUAAAGACCGUCGCUGAACAUGCCUCUCAAGUACAGGUAUCGCUGCUUCUUCAAGAAGGCUGCAUGUUGUACGGACUCCAUCACGACCGUGUGCUGUCCGUUCUCGGAGUUAGCAUUGAGGACCAAACGGCUCCGUUCUUGUUGUAUCCUUGGGAUGCCGGAUGGAGAAACAUGAAGCUAUUCUUGCUGGCGUGCAGAGGAGUGACCAUUGGAGGGGCACCCGGGGGAGCACCUCCACCGCCACUAACGACUCAGCACGUCGUCAGGAUGGCGCUACAUGCCCUCGAUGGCUUGCUCUAUCUUCACUCUCAACACGUGUUACAUAAAGACAUCGCCGCUAGGAACUGUAUAGUGGAUGAAAAUCUGCGAGUGAUGAUAGCCGACAACGCGUUAUCGAGGGAUCUCUUCCCGGCAGACUACCAUUGCUUAGGGGAUAACGAGAACCGGCCUAUCAAAUGGCUGGCGUUAGAAGCUUUGACGAAAAGACAGUUCAGCCCGGCGGCGGACGUCUGGGCUUUAGGGGUGUUACUGUGGGAGUUGACAACGUUGGCUCACCAACCUUACGCGGAGGUCGAUCCGUUUGAGGUGGCUGCGUAUUUAAGAGACGGAUACCGGUUGCAACAGCCGGCGAACUGUCCUGAUGAAUUGUUUGCUGUGAUGGCGUACUGCUGGGCCAUGUCACCAGACGACCGGCCCACUCUCCCUCAGCUGCAGAUCUUCCUUCGAGACUUCCACACGCAAUUAACGAGAUUCGUUUAGGCGUUGCAAAAUCCAAAGACUUAAGUGAAGUGUAGUGUGUAGUUAAAGAGGCCUUAAUAUGACGAGUGUGGACGUUCAAGAGACUGAAAUUAUAAGUGAGUUUUUUUUUUGUUUUUUUAUUUUUAUUAUUUAGGGAAUCAAUAAUGAAUCGUUAUGUAUUUGGAUAG